GACGAAUUCAGUUACUUAAUCGUAAAACAGAACCAACACGUAUAACCGGUAUUGGAACAAAGUUUACUAAACAGUUCCAAGUUGGCUGGCAGAUUGGUCUUCCCAAAGAUCGAGGUUCUUCAGAGAUAAUUCAAAUAAAAUCAGAUACAGAAUUGAUAGUUAAACGAGAAUUCAAAGACUUGAAGUCUCUGGAGAUGCUCACUCACCCAGAAGGUACACCUUUUAAAUGCAUACCUCAGGUUGACCAAACAUCCGUGUACAAUAUUGUCUCCGAAAGAUUGAAUGCUGGACAUUGUGUCGGUAUUUUUCCUGAAGGUGGAAGCCACGAUCGAUCAGAAAUAUUACCACUUAAAGCUGGGGUUACUAUAAUGGCUCUUGGUGCAGUUGCUGCCAAUCCAAAUUUAAAUCUUAAAAUUAUGCCUUGUGGGUUGAAUUAUUUCCAUGCUCAUUCCUUCCGAUCUCGUGCUGUUGUUGAGUUUGGUGCACCUAUUUCCAUUAAUCCUGACUUAGUGGAAAAAUAUAAACAAGGCGGCUCACCAAAACGGGAGGCUUGCUCAAAAUUACUGGAGACCAUUUAUAACGGAUUGAGAGCUGUUACCGUGAAUACACCAGAUUAUGAUACAUUGAUG